GUGACAGAAAGAUAAGAGGCGAAUAUAUGACACUGAAAAACUCGCACAUUAAUUUCCUAAUAUCGCACUCCCUUGCUUUUCUCCAAUUGCUAAACAUGUCUCUCAGCGCUGAAAUUCUCUCGAGUCUCCGAGACACGAUUGACAGAGCUUGUCUUGACCCCCAAAAAGAUAUUCCAGGGGCUACGGUUGUGGUUAUUAGCAAAGAUGGAAAGGAACUCUUCGCACAUUCGGCUGGCAAGCGCGGCUUGGUAUCGAAAGACCCAAUGACUCUUGACACCGUUUUCUGGAUUGCAUCGUGCACCAAGAUGCUUACCGCCUUUGCUUGCAUGCAGCUCGUUGAAAAAGGUGCCUUGCAGCUGGAUGACGGAGACUCCCUUGAAAAUAUUGUCCCCGAACUCAAGGAAGUACAGGUGCUGCGGGAAGAUGGAACCUGUGAGACAAAAAACAAGAAAAUUACUCUUCGGAUGUUAUUGACCCAUACUUCUGGGUUCGGUUACAGCUUUAUGAACGAGCGGCUAAGGGAUUGGUCCUUUCCCGCCGGAGUAAAUGAAUUUUCCGGAAGAAUUGAGCAUAUCAUUUCACAGCCUUUGGUAUUUCAACCUGGCGAGGGAUGGGAAUACGGAACGGGCAUAGAUUGGGCUGGAAUCGCUGUUGAACGGAUAAGCGGAUUCGCUCUCAAUGCAUAUUUCCAAAAGCACAUGUUUGAGCCUCUAGGCAUCAAAGACAUGACCAUGUUUCCUAGCAAGGAUAUGAAAGAUAGACUUGCAUAUAUGCACGAUAGAGCCCCUGCUGGCAUCAUAAGACCACGGGACCACCUUCUUCAACUUCCAUUGGUUAUCGAUCCAAAUAACGUGGCUGAGACACGCCGCGUGUUUAACAGUGGGGGCGCCGGCCUAUUUGCAAGGCCCCAAGAAUACUGCAAGGUACUGGCAGUGUUGUUGAACGACGGCACCUGCCCGCGGACGGGUGUUCAACUGCUGCGUAAAGAAACAGUGGAUGAAAUGUUCCGAAACCAGAUUCCACAGUUCCCAAAUUAUAGCCGCCAAGGAAUUCCUGCGUCGAAGCCAGAUUUGACCAACGCCCUCAGCGAGCUGUAUCCGGUCCCUGAGAAUCCACCCCAGGGCUGGGGACUUACAUUUAUGAAGACCAAUGGAAGCAGCACCGGCAGGUCUACCGAUGCGGCUCAUUGGGCUGGCCUGCCAAAUUUAUGGUGGUGGUGCGAUCGAGAAAAUGGAGUUGCCGGGAUGGUCUGCACUCAGAUACUUCCAUUCGCAGAUAGCCGAGUCAUCAGCCUGUGGGUUGAACUGGAGACUCAAGUUUAUAAAUCGCUUUCUGAGUGGAAAAAUGAAUGAUAUUCAAGUUCUUCCGUUCUUUUUUCAGAGGCUCCCAUUACCUGCAGAGUGAAGGGAUUCAAUCAAUAUUUUUAC